AUGAUUUUCAUUCUAAUUUUUAUAUCUUUCAAUUGUCAUCAAUCUUGUGUUGUUGAAUAUAUUCUACAUAAAUAUAAUCCCCAAAUAGAAGAAAUUGCUUAUAAUCAUAUUACAAAAGUAGAAAUGAUUAGUGGCCAAACUUGGAAGGAAUGGGAAGUUCAUCGUGGAAUUGAUAAAAAAUUAAUAAAAGAUUUGGAAAUUGGGGAGAAUGAAAUGGCUGAAAUUGAAGGCAUUGAUUAUGCUAAAGAAUGUUUUGAUAAAAAGAAAAAAUUUUUAAAAGAAAAUAAAGAUAACUCAACUCGUGUUUUGGUCGUUAAAAAAUAUUUGAAUACUUUUAAUACUACUAAAGGAAAUUAUUUAAUUUUGACCAAGAAGGAAAAAUUUGGUAAAUAUUUACUUGAUAAACUAUUAUCCCUUAAAUAUUUGGUUUAG